CUGGAACAGCCGCGCGGGGGGAGGCGGCGGCGCGCGGGGACCCCCGGCCCGGCGCGGCGGUUUCAAGCUCCCCCGCGGGUGCGCGGCCGGAGCCGCCGGGGCCGGGGCCGGGGCCGGGAUGGCGGCGGGGGGGAACCGGGAGCGGGACCGGGGCCGCUGACAGCCGGGACCGCGCCGCCGCCCCAGCAUGUACGCCAAGGGCAAGGGCUCCGGCGUGCCCUCGGACGGCCAGGCCCGCGAGAAGCUGGCUCUGUACGUCUACGAGUACCUGCUGCACGUGGGGGCCCAGAAAUCAGCGCAGACCUUCCUGUCGGAGAUCCGAUGGGAGAAGAACAUUACGCUGGGGGAGCCCCCCGGCUUCCUGCAUUCCUGGUGGUGCGUCUUCUGGGACCUGUACUGUGCUGCUCCCGACCGCCGGGAAACCUGUGAGCACUCCAGCGAGGCCAAAGCCUUCCAUGACUAUAGCGCGGCAGCGGCGCCCAGCCCGGUGAUGGGGAACCUGCCCCCCGGCGAGGGGAUGCCGGGGGGGCCCAUGCCCCCCGCCUUCUUUCAGGGACCCGCGGGCUCUCAGCCAUCGCCCCACGCCCAACCUCCGCCCCACAACCCCCCCCCCAUGCUGGGGCCGCACAGCCAGCCCUUCAUGUCCCCCCGCUACCCUGGUGGCCCCCGGGGUCCCCUCCGGAUGCCGAACCAGCCCCCCGUGGGUGUCCCCGGCUCCCAGCCGCUGCUGCCCAACGCCAUGGAUCCUGCACGGUCACAGGGGCAUCCCGGCAUGGGGGGCCCGAUGCAGCGCAUGAACCCCCCGCGAGGCAUGGCCGGCAUGGCCCCCCAGACCUACGGCAGCGGGAUGCGUCCCCCCCCCAGCUCGCUGGCCGGCCCCGGCAUCCCCGCCAUGAACAUGGGCCCUGGUGGCCGCGGGCCCUGGCCAAACCCCAACGCCAACUCUAUCGCCUACUCCUCCUCGUCCCCUGGGAACUAUGUGGGCCCUCCCGGGGGUGGUGGCCCCCCCGGCACCCCCAUACUGCCCAGCCCGGGAGACUCCACCAACUCCAGUGAGAACAUGUACACCAUGAUGAACCCCAUUGGGCCCGGAGGGAACCGGCCGAACUUCCCGAUGGGGCCUGGACCAGAGGGGCCCAUGGGUGCCAUGAGCGCGAUGGAGCCGCAUCACAUGAACGGAUCAUUAGGCUCCGGGGACAUGGACGGGCUGCCAAAGAGCUCCCCCAGUAACCUGGGGGCCCUGAGCAACCCCCCCGGCACCCCCCGGGACGACGCCGAACUGAGCAGCAAUUUCUUAAACCCCUUCCAAAGCGACAGCUACUCGCCCAGCAUGACAAUGAGCGUGUGAGCCCAGCGCCGAGGCCGCCGACAGCCAGACGAGAGAAAACAAUUAAUAAUAAUUACCGACACCCCCCCG